UGUUGUCUUCAUUGUUUAGUGUCAGAAAAACAGAAAUCGUUUUGAACUCUUCCUUCGUUAAGCUGGUUUUAAGCUUCUAAACUCUUUAUACACUUGAGUAAAUACAAUACAUAUGUUCUCCAUUUCUGCUUUUUUUCCUUUUGGGGUAUUAUUAUUGCAUACGCAAAGUAGCCUUGUUUCUACGCUGAGCUAGACCUUAGAAAGUUUCCAAUUGUUUGUUCUGAGAAAUGUUCAUAACGGCUGAAAAUGAACAGAUCUCGUUGUCUUAAGUUAAUGUAAAACAGCCCUUCAAGUUCAAAUCAUCAUCUUUAAUGGAAUCAAAUCCGGAUUCCCCUGAUGGGCUUCCAUUAAUUUCUGAGUUGUCUGAUUCCCCUCCACUUCCCACCAUUUUUACUGACGUCAAUGUUGUUCCCGAGCACGAGAAGAACCAGCUCUUACAGUCCAUAUUAAAUCUGGAAGGAGAAAUUGCGGAUUUGAGGCUAAAGCACAAGCUAUGGAAUGAGAAGAGGAGAGAGGCAUUGAAUAAGAUAUUGGACAUCAAAGGCAGCAUUCGAGUUUUUUGUCGAGUUCGGCCAUUCCUAGAGAUUGACAGGAGAAGAAUUCGUGAGCCCAUUUCAACUGGAUCAGAGAAGAUUGUGGUUAAGUCUGGUGGCACUAGAAAAGAGUUCGAAUUCGACAAGGUUUUCGCUCAAGAAGUAAGCCAAGGAGAUGUAUUUGUUGAGGUGGAACCAAUUCUGAGAUCUGCACUUGAUGGGAAUAACGUUUGCGUUUUAGCUUAUGGUCAAACCAGCACGGGCAAGACUUUUACAAUGGAUGGUACAAAUGAGCAGCCAGGGAUCAUUCCUAGAGCUCUAAAGGAACUCUUUCAUCAAGCCUCGUCCGAAGGCGAAUCGUUAACUUUUUCGAUGAGUAUGUCAGAGGUUUACAUGGGCAGUCUUAAAGAUCUACUUGCUGCGAGACCAACUUAUAGAGCAUAUGAGCCUGUGACAAGAUGCAAUCUCAACAUCCAAACAGAUCCAAAGGGAAGUGUGGAAAUUGAAGGUCUUACGGAAGUACAAAUCCUAGAUUAUGCUAAAGCCAGAUGGUGGUAUAACCGCGGGAGGCGAGCUAGAUCGACUUCGUGGACUAGUGUGAAUGAAACAUCCAGUAGGUCUCACUGCUUAACAAGGAUAACCAUUUUCCGACACGGGAAUGGUUCGUCGGAAGCUAAAACCGAAAUAAGCAAACUGUGGAUGGUUGAUCUCGGAGGGAGUGAGAGAUUGUUGAAAACAGGAGCUAGUGGGCUAACACUUGAUGAGGGAAGGGCCAUAAACCUUUCUCUUUCAGCUUUGGGUGAUGUUAUUGCUGCUCUAAGAAGGAAGCGUGGUCAUGUUCCUUACAGGAAUAGUAAGCUAACUCAAAUUCUCAAAGACUCCCUAGGUGAUGGUUCAAAGGUGUUGAUGCUUGUGCAUGUGAGCCCAUGUGAAGAAGAUGCUGGGGAGACAAUCUGUUCAUUGUGCUUUGCAAAGAGAGCAAGAGCAGUGGAGUCUAACAGGGAACAAGUUGAGGACCUAAAGAAGCAAAAGGAGAAAAGGGUCCAUGAGCUCGAAGAAUGCAUGAGAGAAGCAGAAGAAGAGUGUCAGAAAGUCAAGGAUCAAAUUCAGAAAGCUGAAUUCCUUCUAAUUGAGAACAAAAGGCUCCACUCAAACGCUGAUCAACCACUUGAAUAUGAAGAAAACUCCCCUGAAAGUCCAAAACAAGAGCUAAAGGCAGUAACAGAAACCCACCACCAGUCUGAUCAGAAAGCCACUAGAAGAAUCAUUUCUAGAUCCUUGCCCCGGUUCAUGACAUCCACCGUCGCCAGCCGCGAAAGGCAAAGCGCGUCGGAGAGGGACAUUGUCGGAAAAGCAAGAAGUCUGAGGUCGACAAUGAGAAGUUCAAUCCAGUUCACAGCUUCUCAUUCAAUUAGCUUUUCGGAUCGCCGUUUCAAAGCAAGUUUACAGAACUCGAGCAGAAAAAAACAUGUUGAAACAGAUAAUGUUGUUGUCAACAUGACUGAAAGCCCAAAAUGCAGUGGCUUAGACACUAAGUCAACCUCUUUGACAAGAAGUAAAAUGGUAACCUCGUCUGAUCCAAACUUAAGAGCCAAACUUUGUCGUCACAGAAGAAGGAUGUCAGACCUGAUCUAAGUGUGCAAAAUAAAGAAGAGCUUGUUAUUUUUUUUUUUAGCUGUUCUUGUGUGGAGUUGUAAAAUGUGUGUGCUUUUUGGGUUCAUGUCUUAAUUAGCUGAAAAUUUUGAGUGUGAUGGUAUACAUAUAGUAUUAUUAUAGGGUGAUAUAAUAUUCGUGUUUUUUUUU